CGCGCCGCGCGUCCUGGCAGUAUCUUUGUCUCCUUUUGAUUCAGUCUUGACGGUUGACAAGAAGCACUUUGUUUAUGGCCAACAACUAAAUAAAACUUGAUGAGAUACACCAGACACUGGGUCAUUAGAGAGUGAGUUGUGAAAAACACAAUGUGUUCAAUUCCAGGCCUCCCAUCAACCGGUUCAAAUGUUCCUGUACUUAUUUUACGAGUAAACUUAAGCCCCUCAUGUGUACUGGUAAAGUUUUGGGGUAAUUUUGAUCAAGAUCGGAAAUUUGCAUAUCAACAACUGAAAAAGGAGAUUCAAUACCCCAGAGAGGGAUUUUGCGAAUCCGAUGGAAAUCCUGGGGACUUGUGCCUAGUACGUGUGUAUGAAACAUGGUACAGAGCCCGUGUAGUGUCAAGAGAUGCUGAAGAGUACAGUUUGUUUUUAAUUGAUGAAGGCAGAACACUUCAUGCCACACUUAACACACUAGCAUGGGGCAAAAGUGAGUUUUUCUAUCUGCCUCCUGAGGGGGAAUUCUGUGUUCUUGCCAAUGUCUUACCACUGUCUCCUGACAAAUGGACAACAAUGGCCUUGGAGUUCAUGAAGACCUUCUGUGGUAGAAGAGUGAGCGCCACUGUUCAGGAUGUUCUCGUGCCUCAUAGAACGUUCCUGCUUGACAUUCCUUGUCUGUCCAGACAGAUGUUUGAAAUGGGGUUUGCCAAAAAACUGUCCAGUGAAAGGUUCAAAGAGUUUGUUACAAGGUCCUUGCAGGCUAACAGCGGAUUCGCAGUGGAUCUUCAGAAGAUUCCUUUCAUCGGGAACAAACCCUUCGAACUCAUUGAGCAAAUGGAAAAAACACAAUCCUACAUGUAUCCAGAGUUGCAGACCGAUACCGUCGAGACCGUGGUUGUUACAGAGGUAACAAAUCCAUUUAGUAUAUUCUGUCAACUCAAGGUCUUUUCUCAGGAGCUGAGGAAGUUAACUGAACAGAUAACUCAGCAUUAUGAAGGAAGAAUUGGAACAAAUUUUGCCAGACCUGAGAAUUUGGGAAGCCCUUGUGCAUCAAGAGGAAGUGAUGGGAAAUGGUAUCGUUCUGUGCUGCAGCAGGUCAUGUCCGCCUACAAUGUGGUUGAGGUUUUGCAUGUGGAUUAUGGGAAGAAACAAUUCGUACAGGUUGACAACCUCAGACCACUUGCUUCUGAAUUCUUCAGAAUGCCGGUUGUAACGUACGUGUGCUCUCUUCAUGGAAUAGAUGACGGAGGUGUUGGUUGGACAACCUCACAGAUCGAUUUCUUGAAAUCUGUCCUGCUCAACAGAACCGUGAUUGCCAAAUUUCAGUAUCAGAGCCUUUCAGAAGGUGUCCACUAUGUCACGCUUCAUGGCGAGGAAAAUACAAACAUCAAUAAGUUGUUUGAAUUGAAACAGAAAUGUGUGCUGGACUCCGAACUGACCCAUGAUGACUUUGCUGUUCAGAAGAGCCCGUCGUCUCAGAAGAGCAAAAUUUCAGAGAGAAGCGAGUCCAAACACCCAGAUGGGAACACAGGCAUUGUUGAUUGUUGCAACCUUCAAAAGCUACCUCUGAAAUUCCAGGAGCUACCCGCUGUGGCAGUAAAGUGCUCCCUCCAUGGCAUUAAACCCAAACUGAAACAUUGGGAUGAGAAGGCCACAUCGUUCUUUUCCAGAAUCGUUGAAGACAAAGUACUUGAUCUGCACAUCCAAGACAAGUUUCAAGACACCCAUAUUGUUCAGUUAGUGGAACCCAGUCUAGAUGGCGAAAAUGAUGUAAGCAAGUUGUUGUGCAGCACAGACCUUGCAGAAAGUGAAAAGAGCUUUGUGGGCAAUCCUGGCUUAAGAUCGUGCAGUUUAAAAAUGGCACACACCGCUGACACAGUCAGUACAAGUACUCAACCUCAAACGCCAUCCAGUUCUUCUGUUGUGACGGAAAGUGCAUCAGCUUUCAAGGAAUCUUUAUUUCCAAUUGGCAGUUCGCUGGAGGUAACCGUGUCCUACAUUGAAAGUCCAAAUGACUUUUGGUGUCAAAAAACCCAAAAUGCAGCAUGUUUGGAAGUGCUAAUGCACGAUAUCCAGUGCUUCUAUGCUCACAGCAAAUUUCAGCCACCUUUUGAAGCAGCUUGUGUUGCCCGUCAUCCUAAAAUUGGUAUAUGGUACAGAGCCUUGGUCAUUCACAAACACCAAACACCACAUGUUGAUGUGAUUUUUAUUGACUACGGGCAGACAAAGAAGGUUGGCGUUGAAGAUCUGCGGAAGAUUACUCCAGAAUUUCUGAAGAUGAAGGGACAAGCUUUCCGAUGCAGUUUGUAUAAUCUUAUCUCUCCAGUCUCUCACUCAGCUAUAGACUGGAGCCCUGAAGCCACAUUGCAGUUGCAAGAUUUUGUUGACACUGCAGCCUCCACAAACGUGCCCUUGAAAUGCACCAUUUUUGCUAUAAUGUAUGAUGCCCAGAAAGUUGUGUUCAAUGUGGUGGAUUUGGAAACCCCGUUCCAAAGCAUUUGCAAUCUUCUUGUCCAAAGACAUCUAGCUGAUCGUGCACCCUCUAAAAGGUCUCCCAUUUCACCUUUUCUCCUGGUCACCUACUACUAUUCCUCACAUGUUAUCAAGACUGGGUGUGAAGAGGAAGUGAGUGUCACCUGUGUGAAAAGUGCCACUCUGUUCUUUUGUCAUCUGGGAAGAAAUUCUGACCAGAUAGAAAAACUUGCUGACAAAGUCAACUCCCUCUGCAUUCAACUAGCGGUCACCAAGUGUCCUCAGACGUUCGGAACAGUUUGCUUUGUGAAAUUCACAGAUGGACUUUGGUACAGAGGGCAAAUCAAAUCUACAAAACCGUCAACCGUGGUUCACUUUGUGGAUUACGGAGACACACUGGAAGUCAAUAAAUCAUGCUUGCUACCAGUUCCAAUCGAAGCAGGAGACAUAAUGACUGUCCCAGUGCAGGCAAUCGAAUGUGGGCUCUCGGAUAUACCAGACAACGUACCGGGUGAAGUGGGAAAGUGGUUUCAGAAUUUAGCAGAGGGUGGUUGUUUCAAGGCGUUGAUCGUGGCAAAAGAACCUGGAGGAAAACUGAUAGUGGAACUUUAUGAUGGGAAAACGAAAGUCAAUGCAUUGAUCAGACAGAAGUUUCGCAAUGAUAUCCCCCAAAAUGAACUGAGCGCAAUCAAAGACUUUGGCACAAAGAACAAAAUUGCACAAAGCUUGGCAACCCAUGUGAGAGAAAGUUUCAGUGGUCUGAAGACAAGUCCACCAAAUAGGGUUCAGCAUUUCAGCCAAAGUCAAAUAGGUAAUAGGUUUGAAUCAACACGGAACAGGUGGGGAGACCAUAAAGAUGGUGGACCAGAACCAACAAAGGAAUUUCAAAGGUGCCAUAAUACCACAAAACCAGAGAUAUCACCAAGAAAGCCAAAUGAUGGAAAACCAAAUGAGUUGAUGCUCCCUUGUCAAUCUAAGAAAGAUGGUGGUGUUAAAAUCAAGCCCCAGAUGUCUCUCAAAGAAUCACAGAUCCCAGUGAAACUCAUAAAAUCAGGGAUGGAAGCCAGUGUUUUCAUCUCGCAUUGCAAUGGCCCCUUUAGCUUCUUUGUUCAGCUGGCAACUGAUGAGGAUGACAUUUAUGCACUUGUCGAGAAGUUAAAUGAUGGCCAGUUAAAGGGUGUGAAUCUUGAUCCCACUGAUAUUUACGAAGGCGACCUGGUCCGUGCAGUGUUUCCCGAUGAUAACUCUUGGUACCGUGCAGCAGUAAGAAAAAACACUGGUGACACAAUUGAUGUUGAGUUCGUUGACUUUGGAAACACUGCUGCCGUUUCUCCCUCAAAAAUAUGUCAACUCGAACAUUCAUUUGCUUCGUUUCCAAGGUACGACAUCCACUGCUCGCUAAAUAAACAGAAUGUUGACAGCACAGACCAAGCAUCCAGCUUCAAACAGGUAAUUGAAGAGAAUGUGGAUAAGGUUGUGUGCACGUUUGUGAAGCUUUCAGGUGCUGUGUGGGAGGUGACACUUGAUGUUAAUGGUGUGGUGCUUGGAUCCACAUGCAAGGAUGAAAGUCCACCAACAGCUGAGCUUAAGAGCACAAGUGUCAAGCAAAUGUCUGAUGUCACGACCUGCACCUAUUACAAAAACCCUGACCUAUCAGUUGGACAAAUGAUCGAUGGAUAUGCCUCAGUCAUCAAAGGUCCUCAACUCUUCUGGUGUCAGUAUGCAACAGACAAACUUCAAGAGAUAGCAGAUGUGCUACAGAAUGUCGGUGAUGUGUUGGAGAAUACAAUGAAGGAGGAUUCUCUGACAGUGGGAAGUGCUGGCAUUGCCCUUUUCGCUGAAGACGAUCUGUGGUAUCGUGCUAAAGUAACAACUAGGGACCAUGAUACAUUGUCUGUUACUUUUGUAGACUAUGGAAACGAAUCCAAAGUCAAUGUAGGUGAUGUGAGAGCACUUCCAUCCAAGCUAUCUGAUAUUCCCCCUCAGGCGUUUGACUGCCAGCUUGAAGGCUUUGAUGUUUCCAAAGGUUUCUGGGAUGAAAAUGCAGAUGAUGAGUUUUAUGAGCUAGUUAAUGACAAGCUUUUAAACAUCACCGUUGAGAGAAUGGGAACCUCUGAAAUGCCCCACUUUGUCAAGCUGGAGUUUGAUGGUGUUGUCAUCAAUGAUGCAAUGCUACAAUAUUGGGAAAGUCAUGAAGGCCCAUCAGUUAAACUCUUAAAUGGGGGAAGACUUGUCCCCUAUGAAGAUUCUGUGGUAACUGAGAUUAAUAUUGGCUCAGAAAAAACUCUUGAAGCAGACACUGAUGUUACUGAUAAAAUCUGUACUCCAGAUAACAAAAUACAGCAAGAGGAAGAGACUGAUGUACCAGAAGGUACUGAGGUUGAAAAUGAAGUGCAGGCUGUCCCACUUGUGAUGAGUGAUGAAAGUGUUCACUCCCCUGAUUUGAUUAUUGUAACAGAGGAGCUGGUGUCCGCAUGUGACACAGAACACGAACCAAUUGCUGAUGUCACCAGUAGUUUAUUAGACCUGACAAACCAGCAUGACUUUGCUCAAGAGACCCUAGAUGCAAAGCUUCAUCCUCCAGUUUUGGCAAAACAGUCUGAGGAACUAUCAGAUGCCGCUCCCAAAGACGAUUCAGAUGGCAUCCUUCAACAGGAACUUCAUUCUGAAUUGUGCCAUGUUGAACCAGAGUCUCUGUCAUAUGAGAUCAUUCGGUCAGACUUUGGUUGUAUAAGGCAGGCUACAGAGAAGAAACCUGUUGGAUCAGAAUGUUUUAUAUGGUCUCACGUAAGAAGAAAUUGGUGUAAGGCACAGGUUUUGAAGGUUUCUGAAGAUGCUGCAUUGGUUCUGCUUGUGGACCAUGAUUCUGAGGUGGUGGUCGAUCCACUCAACAUCUAUGAAAUACUGCCAGAAAAGCCAUUAGAGCCAUUAAGCGGUGAAGCUUCAGUUCUGGAUGAUGAGCUAACCAAAGUAAUACAUGCUGCACAAAUGAAGAUUGCCUCUCAGGGUGAAGAUGCAGAAUAUGAAGCUGCUUUCGCUUCAUCCUCUGAGGAACCAAAAGGUGAUGAGAGUUGUAAAAGACUCGUGGAGCAGAUGGAUCCAGGUGAUGAACCCGCAGAACAGCUUCAAGCGGAGGAACCCGUGUCCAGUUCUGAAGGCUUGGUUGAAUUUGCUGAAGAAGUGUCAGGGGCAGGAGCACAACUAGUUGAAAUACUGACCUCUACUGCAUGUUCAGAGCACCUACAAAACAGAGAGCCCCAGGAUGACAUCAGUUCUUCAGCUGGAGAGCAAAAAGGGGGUGCAAAUAAUAUGGUGGAUUUACUGAUGGAUUUCCUUGACGUUGGACUCCUGAAAAAGGUACAGGAAGAUAUUUGCAAGACUGGAACCGAAAUGGAUGCUUUGCUUGAGGAGUUCAACAGUGUUACUGCAGAUCUUCUUGUUCUGACCAGUGACAAUGGAGCAGAAUCAGACACUGGGUCUGAUGACACGCUCCAGGAAGAUGGAGGUGUGAUGGAGGUCUGUCCUGAUGCUGAAGAAUAUUCAUGUGUACAAGAAAUACCACAAGAAAGGCCAAAUGCAUCUGAUUGCACCAGCGCAGAAGAGCAGGAUUUAAGAGUCACUCAUCUGACAUUAAAGGUUGAGGAUGAAUCUGAUGAUGUUAUUUUUGUUGGUGUUUUGCGAGAAUCCCAAGUAGAGGUAUGUCAGCCAGAACAGAAGUGA